GAACUUGAACCCCUGAACAUCAUCUCUCUUAGUAUCAGCUGAGCGCACUGCGUCCAUAACGACAUAGAAAACACUCUCCAGGUCGUCAAGGAUUCCCCGGAUGGGGCUGCUUCUGAGCAUGGGAAUUCCCAUGAAAAGCGGUGUCCCUUUGGGUUGGCCCAGUGUCCCUGGCAGCAUCCUCAGCAGUGCCCCAGCCAAUGACCUUGGCACAACCCCAGUCAAUGACAUACACCUUGUUGUUUUUGACGCACACAUUCCUGCUGAGAUGUCCCUGUGCAGGACACCAGU